UUAAUCUCAGGCUCAGCUGGCAUAUCACUCGUUCAUUCUGACAAACGGUUUCCGUUCCAAGUAUUCUGCGAGCUAAACGCAGGCUCACUUGCUGGAAUUACUAAGUGGCAGCUUAUACCGUUAUGUCAAGAAGUCGUAAGCAUGUGACGUUGGGGUUGGACGGAGAUGUGCAGCCACCCGGGCCGGGGCAGGCCAUAGUCCGCGCUCUGGGCUCGAGAGGUAGCAACGUGAUAGAGGUGGAGUUCCCGGACGGGCGCCAGACGCUGGUGCUGAUGCCCGCCAAAUUCAAUAAGAAGCUGUGGGUGAAGCGCGGCGGCUUUGUGAUGGUGGAGGACAGCGCGCAGGCGGAGGGCGACACCAAGGUCACAGGCACCAUCGUGUCAGUGCUGUACGACGACCAAAUAAAGCAGCUACAAAAGAUGGAGGGCGUUUGGCCCAAGGAGUUCGCUAAGGACGGCAAGGCCAGCCUAGAAGACAUGAUGCCGCCAUCAGACAGCGAGGAGUCAGAUCAAGAGGAGGGGCAAGCGGGGGCCUCGGCGGCUGCGGUGGCGGGAGCAGCGAAGGCGGUGGCGGCGCCGCAUGGCGGCGACCACGGGGAGGAGGAGGGGGAGGAGGAGGACGACGACGACGGGUUACCACCCCUUCAACAGAACACCAAUCGAAAGGUGGUGUACCAUGAGGUGUCAGAGAGCGAUGACGAUGACGAUGACGAUUAAAAUUGCGUAUCGGUCAGGGGAUUUCAGUGAUUGCACCUCUGGCUGUGGUCACAAAGCAUGACGGCGCGGGGGGGGGGGGGUGACCUUCGUGCUGCAGCAAACAUGCGCCCCAUCACCGCUUAUCACUAACAUGGCCAUGCGCUGAGCAGGCCGUCUCUGGAUUGACGCGGAUUGAUGGCAGUGCCUGGAUAGCGAUAGCGAGUGAUUGGGAGUGUGUGCUGCAGCGUGCGUGUGCAGAGUAUGGAGGAAAGGUUGAUUCAGUCCUCCCCAGCCGUCCGGCCUAGGUCCGUGAUGUGAGGAGCGGCUAGACAGGUUGAUCUUGUCUUAGCGCUAGCCCUCUUACACCGUCCUGAUUGGUCGUCUAUUCUAGGCGCAAACUCAACAUAUUGCUUCGGCGUUUGGGGACGCGCCGUUGGCGAGAGCCACGGAUAUGAGGGCACUGUAUCAACAUGCAACGGGUAACCGCUGGCAGACGAAGUCCUGUAUGCCCGUGUGCCGUGCCAGGGAAGCUGCUUUGAAGGACUUAUAUUGAGCCGGGAUGUUUCGUAUACUCUGAGUAAGUAAAGGAGUUUAUAAUUGCAUGCUUAAGAUAGGACUCUGGCUAUCGAAGGGGCCCGCGUGGCUUGAUCCACGCAGCGUCGUGCCGACCAGUGCGAGUCCGUCACGGACUAGAGCUGCACUGGCCGAGCCAGACUACUUGCUUGGCAAUUUUAAAUGCUUGUUAUGUUCGCUGGUAGAUGUGUAUUACGCGUAGAGGCACUGGCCGGGCGAGGCGAUGAAACCGACACCAU